AUGAAGUUGGCUUCAAUUACAAGAGGAGACGAUGAAAAUAAGCAGAAGAAAAACAUUCAGGAUCUCAUGGAACGUGUUCAACAGUUUCAGGAAGAGCAGCAGCGGUUGAUAGAUGAAGAUAGUAAUGAAGAAGCACUGAUGGAGAGAAUGCAAGAACUGGCACUUUUAGAUCAAGCUGGAAAAUUGACAUUGGAAAGCUUAACUGCAGAAGAAAGGAAGAGAUUCUUAAGAGAAGUAGCAGAUGGACGACUUGGAAAACUUGUGGGGCUCUGGACACCGUGGUGGUUUAUGUCGGAGCGCAAAUACUGCAGCGAGACCACGGCUCGACGACGACAGUUCAUAUUGGAGGAGAUUGAGGACGAUGGGUACGAGAACGAGGAGUUGAUAAUGGUGGAGCCUGCGGUUUUAUAUCCGGUUGGGCUGUUUACGAACAGUGAAGCGCAGAACAUGCCUGAUGGCAUCAUCGCUUUGCUGCCAGGUGGAAGAUUACCGUCGCCGUGCCUGCGUUUCAAUUUAAUCGAAGUUCUAUUUGCUUACACGCUCGUGCUUCGCGCUUUUAAUGGCGACUAUGGACAAGAUGUGGCAGAAGCGGCCCUGAUGUUACUAGAUUUGUGCCAAGUCCUUAGUCUGGAUGCACGAUACGGGUCUGUCGAACACGUCUGCGUGACUUGUUUGGAAAAGCGGUCGAGUGACGGACCAGCCGCAAAUGCACUGGCUAUCCAGGACACACAGCAGCUUUUACGUUCUGAUGUAUUUCUACUUGAUGCUCUCAGUGACACGCAUGCUCUUUUGAAGAAAUAUGCUCAAGAGCUCGCGCGUAGCGGUGAAACCGACAAACAAGCCAGGAAGGAGAAGAAGGCAGCAAUGAAAAAGCUUACAGUAGUGCAGAAAAAGCUCGAGUUUUAUAAAACCUGGGCAUACCGUACGCCGAUCGAUGAGUUCCGAGCGCUCGUGGCGGAGAUCGAAGCGUACGUAAACGACAAGAAACUGCUCGGUGCAAAAGGUUAG